ACUCGGAGCGCUACGCUCGUGAAAAGUUUGGCACGCAGAAGGGCAUUUCGUCCGACGAGUUUUUCGGCCGUGGCAGCUUCGACCCCUCUGCACAGAACGAGGCCAAGACCCGCCUUCAGGGCUUCGAGGGUGCAACUUCCAUCAGCAGCAACGCAUACUUUGGACGGCCUGAGGACGACGGUCCCGCUGGUGAUGACUACGGUGACCUCGAGAGUGCGGCUAAGGAUUUCGUGCGGAAGUUCGGAAUCACUGCUGGCGACGACUUGGACAACCUGUCGAACUUGCUGGGCGAGGGCGCAACGAGGUUGCAAGGUGCCAUCCGCAACUACCUCAACAGCUAG